UUUCAUGGUAUUUAUGAACUCAUAAAAUUAAUUACUCUUUGUAUACCUUUUUAAGGAUCUCAAACAUCAACAUCUGGUGAGGGAAAGGGGGUAUGUAUGUCUGGAUUUUGCAGGUCUAGAAAGUCUGAGACUUGUUAUUCAUGUUCAAAAAUUAAAGUCCUUUUUCAACUCUAGCUAUGGGAAUUAUCAAAUGGAAAAGGUGAUGUCUUUUUUGAGUGUACAUAAUUUUUUAGGGUCUCAAUAUAGCAGCGGGGAAAAGGAGAAAAAGAUUGGUUAAAAGGAAAUCAAAGAUGGAAGGCCACAGUGACAUGGAUGAGAAAAGAGAAAGUUUGAUUAAUGUCGUAAUAGGGAGGCCCGGAGAGGAUGAAAAUGAGAGCAGGUCUGUUGGUGAUAACAUAGAUGAUGGUGCAUCUAGAGAUGAACGGGAUCCUCCACAUGCUGAAUCGUCAAAGAGGCGGAAAUACAUAGGCAUAAUGCCAACCAAGUUCAAGAGCUCGAAGCUUUUUCAAAGAGAAUCCACAUCCGGAGGAAAAAGCAAGAAUAGAACUUGGAACGAAAUUGUCCAUGGACAGCAAGCAAGUUAAGUUUUGGUUCCAAAAUAGAAGAACCCAAAUGAAGUCGCUAUCAGAACGCUGUGAAAAAGGAACGUUGAAACAAGAAAAUGUUAAGCUUCGCACAGAGCAGAAUGCAUUGAAAGAAGCCAUGAGAAACCCAAUUUGCGACCAUUGUGGUUAUCGAUGUACUAUUGUUGACAUAAAUAUUGAUGAAUAUCAAGCGAAAAUUGAGCAUGACCGACUUCAAGAUGAAGUCAAGAGGAUCAAGGUCCUGGCAGACAAACUUUUGGGAUCUUCUGCUUACUUAGAAGGAUCAACGACUUCCAUGAUGGAAAAUUCUGAUUUGGGAUUUGAUGCGGGAAGAAAUGCCAUUGGUGGUAUAAAUGUUGUGGACACGGCAUCUCCAAUGGGGCUUAAUUUUGGGAAUGAUCUGUCAAGUUGUCUGCCAGUAAUUUCUCCACGGCUCACCACAAGCUUGGUUAAUGAAGAUGUAAUAUAUGAUAAGUCAAUGUUAAUGGAUCUUGCUUUUGCUGCUAAGAAUGAGUUGCUUAAGCUGGCUGAGAAUGGUGAACCUCUUUGGCUCAAAAGUUUGGAUGGAGGUGGAGAAACAUUGAACCUAGAGGCAUAUGCUAGAUCAUGUACCCGAUUUACUUUAAUGAAACCUGGACAUUUCACAACAGAAGCCACAAGGGCAUUUGGUACAGUAUUUAGCAACAGUCAGACGUUGGUGGAGACAUUGAUGAACGAGAGCCAAUGGGUGGAAACUUUUUCAUGUAUUGUGGGAAAAACCUCUACAAUUGAUGUGAUUUCCGGUGACAUAGGUGGAAGCAGGAGUGGUACUCUUCAAUUGAUUCAAACUGAAUUUCAAAUUAUUUCUAAUCUCGUCCCUGUCCGUAAAAUAAAAUUUCUCCGCUUCUGCCAGCAAGUUGGCGAAGGUACUUGGAUUGUCAUGGAUGUGUCUGUUGACACAAUGCAAGAAGGUUCACAUCAAUGUGAAAUUGAGAAUUGCAGGAGGCUCCCUUCUAGUUGUAUUGUGCAAGAUAUGCUUAAUGGUUACUGCAAGGUUACUUGGAUCGAGCACAUGGAGUAUAAUGAAAACUUUAUCCACCAUUUGUACCACCCUUUGGUCAGGAUUGGCCUGGGGUUUGGCGCACAAAGGUGGAUGGCCAAUCUGCAGAGGAAAUCUGAGUUCUUGGCAGUGAUGAUGUCUUCUGUUAACACCACAAGUGAUCAUGCAGUUUGUUCAAGCGGUCAAAAGAGCAUAGGGAAGUUGGUUCAACGCAUGACUCGCAGCUUUUGCGCUGGGGUUUGUGCAACCAUUCACAAGUGGGAAACAAUCCAAAGAGCAAAUGGAGAAGAUGCAAAGUUGAUGAUGAGAAAGAACAUUGGUGAUCCUGGUGAGCCUAUUGGUGUGGUAUUGAGUGCUACAAAGACCAUCUGGUUGCCAAUGAAACAACAUCUCUUGUUUGAAUUCUUCAUGAAUGAACAAACAAGGAGCCAAUGGGAUGUCGUGCCCAGUAGUGGUCCCAUGCAACAAAUGGUCCACGUUUUUAAGGGUCAAAAUCUUGACAGUAGCAUCUCUCUUUUCCAUGUAAAUGGGGAUGACAUUAGUGCUAAUCAAAACAGUAGGUUGAUUUUGCAAGAUGCUUGCACGGACGCAACGGGAUCCCUUUUAGUAUAUGCAACAAUUAAUUCUUUAGCAGUGAAUAUGGUGAUGAAUGGUGGGGAUUCUUCUUGUGUGGCUCUCUUGCCAUCUGGAAUUGCAAUAGUUCCUGAUUGUUAUCAUGAUUUUUCUGGGGCUCAUAGCUGCAACGGAGUUUCUGGGAAGAAAGAUAAUGGCUUUAGCUGUAGUGGAUCUCUUGUGACUAUUGGGUUCCAAUUAUUGGUGAACAGCUCGCCUGCUGCAAAGUAUUAGAUGGAAUCAGCCAAGACAGUAAAAGACCUCAUCUCGCGUACAAUUCAUGAUAUCAAAUCUGCUUUCAAAUGCAAAUGAUUCUCCAAGACUAAUUGUUAUCCGUUGGUUCAUUACUGAUAGAUUAUGUAAAUAUUAGUUAGAAUAUUUUGUAGUCUACUAUUUUAGGUUAGAAUAUUUUGUAUAUUUUGUAAUUUCCUAUUUUAGGUCAGAAUAUUUUGUAUAUUAAUCAAUUCAAGGAAGGAAAGGAGA